AUGUCCGGUUGGAGGCAAGCAGGACUCAAUUACAUCCAGUUUUCAAGAAUAUGUGCUCGAAUCGUGAGGAGGUGUUUGAAGCCAGAACAACAGGCUGAAGCCAUGAAAAGAGAUGAAGGUCUCAUCAGGGCUAUCCAUUGGAGAGAUGGCAAACCGAUCAGUGAGAAAUAA